GAAGAGGACAUUGAAGAUGAAAUACUCAGCAGAGAGAAAAGGAAAUAUCAUCAGACAUCUCAACAAAUUCAGGAAAUUUUAGAUGAAUUAAUUGAUGGAGUAUUUAGCAGAGAGAGCAGACCUGAUCAUCAGACAAACAUAGAAAAUUCGGAAAUUACAGAGGCAACAUCAAGACCAUCCAUAAAAUAUCUAAUUUGGAAAGGCAAAUAUUUUGAGCACUUUCAUUAUGUUUACAGUCUUGUGAGGGAUUGCAAGACUCGUGUUGAAAAGCUGCUUUCAAAGAAUGAUCUAGCAUAUCCAAUGCCUAAAGAUGUCAUUGUCAAAAUAGGGAUAGUUUGUGACUAUACUAAAGAGAAUGUUAACCUAAUAUCGAAAAGACCAGGGAAAAGUCAGCUGUCGGAAAAACAAAAUACUUGGAAAGCACUCCCACUUGUUUGCUUUGAAUGUGAACCAUCCUCCAAAUCAAAAUUGACGAAAAAUGCUUUGCGUCAGGAAAAGGCAAGACACAAGAUCUUCAUUAGAUCAAAUACCUUUUGCGAUAAUAAGGAGGAAGACGAGGACAGAGACGACAAGUCCAUCAUUAGCGUGGGUCAGGACAAAGAUGAAAUUGAAGAAAUCAUCACCUCUUGCUUAGAGGAACCGCUUCAUGAGAUGCUUCAAAAAUGGUCGGAGGAUCUUAAACGUGUAUGUUUCACGGAAAAUGCAUCGGAUGUUAUUGCGGAAAUAGAGGCUCUUCGUAACAAGUUGUUGCCUACCAUUAGCAAGAAGACAGAUGUACCGUGUACUGGUACAGGAACUAUUGUUCCUGACAAUGUGAAGGAUUACUUAUUUAGGAGGCCUGAUGUCAACUCAUUUGGUGUUUGGAGUAAUUCAUCAUUCAAAGUAUUUGUCAAGAAAACCACCGAUGAAAAGGAGCUGAGGGAUGAAUUGAUGAUGUUAAAUGAAACAUUCCUCCAAAAAUAUCAACUAAAAAUAGGAAUAAAAAGAUGGUCAGAAAUGCACACCAUGAUGCAAGGGGACUCAAUUCAUUCAAAAGAUGAUUUAGCUGGAACCCUUGGAGGGUUUGUUACAAAAACUAACGAUGAUCAGAAAAUAUAUGCAUUGACUUGUAACCAUUUAUUUCCGAGAAAAAAUUUGCCUGCUUAUAUAAAUAAUUUCGGAGAAAUCGGUGCGUGUGUGUUUACCACUAGGGACAAAGGGUGUGAUUUUGCUGCCAUUGAGGUAAAGGAAUCAUGUUUAGAUAUAUGUGAUGUGGCACUCAGAAGAGACGACAAAAAGAAAACCAAUGCGAAAGUUUAUUCCAACAGCUUAGAAUUUGAAAACAUAGUGCAUAAGAUAGGAGCAACAACAGAUGUGACAAAUGGAAGAAUUUUAAGUCCCGAAUUUUAUUUAAAAGUCACAGAAAAGUGCAAUCGAGAAAACAUUUUCCUCGUGAAAGGCACAGCCGGGAAUUUUUCAGAAGAAGGUGAUAGUGGAUCGCUUGUAUUUUCCAGACCAAAUCGUAUACAGCAAAACUAUGUCAAUGUCGUUGGUAUGGUAUACGCCAAUGACCUUACAUUGUACGAUGAUGACGAGGACGAAGAUGCUGAAGAUCAGAGCAAAAUAUCCAAAUGUUCUCAGGAAGAAGGUACUCGUAACAACGAGGUAAACGUUGAAAAUAAACCAUCAUUGAUCAAAUUUGAUACCCCUGACAAAGAAAACAAAAAUGCGCCUGGUGUUGAACAGGAUACAAAAGGUAUUUCACUUUGUUGCCGCAUACACACAGCUCUUGAACUUUUUAAAGAAAAUCAGGGCGACGAUUUGGAAGUAAAAUUUAAAAAUGACUUAUCAUCAUCCCUACCUUUAUCAUCGUCGUCAUCUGAAUCGGAAGAUUCAAAUGAAGAAAACAAUUGAUUGAUUACAAACGAUGCUUGGUUUUUUUCGGUGAGGUGAUAUGAUGUUUAAGGAAGAUUAGGACACGUUUGAGUUUUUUAUGCAAAUUAUUGUAACGGUUGAAUAGAAGGACGCAUUGCCUGUGAAAACAAAGCACUAUUAACGAAAACAUGUUCUAUUAGGUGUUAUUUUUGUACAUUCAAUUUUAUUUUGUUUUUUAGUCACUAUAAUUGUUUUUAACCACUUUACAACUCUAACAUUCAUUCCGACAUUAAUUUCCUAUCACUCUAAUUUUUUUUUUUUUUUAAUUUUUAUUUGGUUCAUAUUUUGGUAGGUUUUUUUUAUGACUAAAUAGAUAAACUUGAACAAACUGACAAUUCAUUUAAAUUUAUUGUUCGAAAUCUAUUUUUUACUUUAUGUUACGCUGCGCUAUGUUGAAGUCUAAUACUUAUUUUUCUGUUUCUCUAUCUAUCAUCAAUGAAGCAGAAUAUACCGGAUAGUUUGUUGUUUUGACACAAUUAGGCUCACCUUUUUUUCAUGCAGUGCCUUUGAGUUAAAUUUCGUGAAUCUAAGCGAUAAAUUCUAUAAUAUAUCCUUUGUAGAGACUAUUUUUAUUCUGUAGGUUCCUUUGAUUCAUAUUUCGUCCAACACGUUAUCUUCAACCAAGAUUUAGGAGUGUAAAUAUUUAAGAACGUUUUUAGAUAAAAAAAAUAUAAUAAUUGGAAAUGGGUGUCUGAAAUACAGCUUACUUUAGUUUGUCUUAUCAUGUUCAUCUUUUUAUCAGAGAAUGUCAGACAACUGUGUUAGUGAAAUGAUCUUUAACUUUAAUUGUACUUAAGUUCUAAGUACAGCAUUUAACAAGAUACCCACAACUUGACUUUCUUGUGUCAAUUCUAUACUUUCUUAGAUUGUCUUACCAACAAUGUCUAAUUUUUAUGACUUUAUAUAAUUAAAAAUUGUAUGUAGGAUUGAACUUGAACAUGUAUAAGACACUUGAACAAUGUUAAAUCAAUGUUCCUUGUCCUCAGUAUUGCACUUGAUAAUGAUUUACUGUUCCUUUGACUUUCUGUUUUACCUCAUUCUGAUUCAGUAUAAUGUUCUAUAGGGAACAAAAGUGUACAUCAUAUACUCACACGAAUAGAAUUUGCAUUUGUUUGACCGAAGCUGUAUAUAAGAAAAUGUAUUUUUUAAAAAGAAUAGAGUAUAAUUUAAACGUGCAUUUUGAUCGCAAAUUAAGAAUCUUUAUGCAUUAAUAUUAAGGAGUUAAUGAAAUUUGUGAAUUAGUAAUUACAUAAUAUUUUGAAACAUAAAUAAUCCACAAAGUUUGCAAAAGCUACCAAGUCCUGUUGUUUUAUACAUGUAGAUUAAAGAGAUUGAAAUGAAGUUGUCAUAUCAUUAUUUCAUACCAAAGUUCAUGUGACUAAUAUUGUCCUUAUUACUGAUCGCAUUGUUUAAAUAUAUAAAUUUUUUAUGCACAUUUAUUAUAUUUGUUAAAUGUAUCUUCAACAGAUCUCUUAUGUUCUUAUUUACCAAAAUUUACAUUACAUGUACAAUUUAAUGAAUGUAUAUAUAUUUUUUUGUGUUGGUGGAUUUUAUAAGUUCUGUAUAAUUGA